AUCGCCCAAUCCUUUCUAGCAUCCGUUUGCAACGUCUUUUUCGUCGUCGGACGCGCGUCGGGGCAACCGGUUUUCCCGCACGACUGCGUCCCAGUGGCCCCGUGAUGGUGGGCACCGCAUCCGAGCACCGUUGUCUCCGACUGACCCCAGGAUUACUGCUCACGCUGCUUCUGGCCGUCGACUGCCAUGCCCUAUUCCGACCAGUGGAACGCGGUCCCUGCCAGGCCAAGAACCCCUUCGGACCUGGAUUCAGCGACGGCGUCUGCAUGCCCAUGGUCAAGUGCAAAGAAACGCUGCACGGUAUCAUCAGGCUCAACUUCCCCGUCGUCUGCGGCUUUGAACUCCUAACGCCAAUCGUCUGCUGUCCCAUCAUGAACGGACCUGCCGGACACGGGCCGAGGGAGAGCCGGGCGCCUAACCCGCUCGGCUUCCUGGGUGGCAUAUUCGGCCACGUCCCCGGAUCGUCGAAUCCUGGUCCCGGAGCAGGUCACAACGGCGGUGGACCAGUUCAUCAGGGCUUUCCACAAGACUAUGGAAAGCACACAGGAAAUGGCCAGGGUCAGCAUCCUGGAGUGAGGCCACAUCAACCAGACUCUUUUGGUACACACAAUGGGAGGCCAUUGCCUGGCGACCAAGGCCCAAACACCGGGCCACGGCAUUCAGAUUCUUUUGGCGGUCAUAAUGGAAGGCCAGGGACAGGAGACCAAGGCCAUAGCAGUGGAGUCGAACCCCACAAUCAAGGCUCUCCUGGUGGUCAUGGAAGGCCAACGAGAGGAGGCCAAGGUCAAGGUGCCGGGUCCCCACCACAGCAUCAAGGUUCACAAGGAAGUCACACAAUGCCAAAUCCCACGGAUCAAGGCAACGCCAUGGCCGGGCAGCCCUGCAGACAGAAGGAGUGCCCUCCGCAAGACCCCGACGAUUACAUCCACCUGAUCGACCCGAGGAGGGGAAAGCCGUAGCGAAAAACCCGUCAACAGAAAGCGGCCCUGCAUGGUCCGAGAGAUCUGGCAUCCAAAGUGGACUUUAGUUCUACAUCUGUUUAUACUCCGCUUCGCCCUAUUUCGGACAGAAGCAGACUGUGCUAGCCGAUGGAGCGAAUCAGUGCUAAAGGUGCAGCGUCAUGGUGGUCGUCGUCUUUGUGCGUGUGCAGCGUCGGCUAAAUCAGUCAAGCACUAGAAAGGAGCCGAGAUAUUGCGCUUUCAGUACGUGCAUCUGC